AUGGGCUGGGUAUACAAUCUCAAGACCCCCGAUCCUCACAGCCAUGUCACCCGCGUGAUUGCCAUCUGCCUGGUUUUCCCCCUCCUCGCUUUUCUCGCCGUCAUUCUGCGACUAUAUGUUCGCAUCCACACCAAGCGGGCCGCAUGGCUCGAUGAUUAUGCCUCGCUGUUCAGUGCCAUCCUGGCGUUGGCGUAUGGCGCCAUAGCCAUUGCGCAAUCGCGCUGGGGUCUCGGACUAGACGCCCAGUACUUUCCGGAGGAAAACAUCGUGCCGUUCAGCAGGGUUCAAUAUGCCGGCGGCCCCGUCUACACUCUGGCCCUGCUCGGGUUCAAGGUCUCGCUUUUGGCUUCGUAUCUCCGCAUCGGCGGGUUCAUCAAGGCCUAUCGGAUCGUCAUCGUCGGCGUCAUCGUCGCCUGUGUGUGUAACCAAGUGAUCUUCACGUUCGUCCUGUGCUUCGCUUGUCGACCGGUAGCAAGGCAGUGGGAUCUUUCGAUCCCGGGGACCUGCAUCGACGCCGUCGCGUCUUACUACGCUCUCGCAGGUAUAUCUCUCCAGCAGGACAACCAGCAUCAACUGAUAGAUAUCAAUAUCAUUUCAGGAACCAGCCUCGCCUUCGACUGCAUCAUCAUCGCCCUCCCCCUCCCCGUCCUCAUGAACCUCCACCUCCGCCGCCGCCAAAAGGCCGCCCUCGUCGCCGUCUUCGCCCUCGGCUUCUUCGUCACCGUCAUCCAAAUCAUCCGCAUCUUCACCAUCAAAAACCUCAAGACCUACACCGACAGCCAGCCCAUCGUCCUCUGGUCCGUCAUCGAAAUCAGCCUCGGUGUCCUCAUCUCCUGCAUCCCAACCUACGCCCCCCUCUUCCACACCCUCACCUCAACCCUCACCUCCUACCGCCCCCGCCGCACAGCCCAAUCCUACCGCCUGACCUCGGCCACCGGCAGCGGCACCGGCACCUCCCGCAAGAAGACAAAGACCGGCGCCGGUCGUCCGUUCGAUAGUAGUCUCCCGCAUACGACGACGAUCAUGUCCGCCGCGGCGGGGCAGAAGGUGUCCUCGGACGGGGACUCGGAGGAGAGGAUCCUCCCGCCGGAUGCGAGUGCGAGUGCGAGUGCGACUGCGGAGAUGCGUUUGCAUGCGCAUAAACACAAAAAUGAGAGCGAGAUGACGCUUGCCGAGGGGGAGAGGGAGAGGGAGGGGGGGAUCCAGAUCCAUACGAUGACGGAGGUGAGGGUUGAGAGUUGUGAUUUGAAGGGGUGA